UAUUAGAGGGGGCGUGGCCUGAGUUCCCCGGAAGUCUGCAUGUUUGUGUUGGGCUGCGUUGCUUGUUGUCGCUUGGGGCUUUUAGACUGGUCUUUACUGCUCCUGUGCUCCAUCUUCGGUACCAGCAUGAAGGAGCCGUCCGUCUCUCUGGGGCCGACUCCAGCCCCCGUUUUUCUCACCAAGCUCUGGGUUUUAAUGGAGGACCCGGCUAAUUGCGACAUGAUCGCUUGGAACACGAAUGGACAGACCUUCAGCAUACUGGAUGAGCAACGGUUUACCAAAGAGAUCCUUCCCAGAUACUUCAAGCACAGCAAUUUGUCCAGCUUCAUUCGGCAGCUUAAUAUGUAUGGCUUCCGCAAGGUGAUGAGUUUGGAGAACGGUCUUGUAAAAUCUGAGAGCGCCAUUGAGUUCCAGCAUCCUUUCUUUAAAAAAGGGAGACCGGAGUUAUUGGAACACAUCAAGCGUAAGGUGAACUCGGUAAAAACAGAAGAUGCUCAUCUGUCCCAGGACAAUUUGCAGAAGGUUAUUAAUGAAUUAAAAGUGCUUCAAAAUGGACAAUCCAACAUGGAUUUCAAGUUGGAUACAAUGAGGAGGGAAAAUUAAAUUCUUUGGAAGGAGGUUUCUUCUCUGAGAAGGAAGCACAGCCAACAGCAGAAACUUCUUGCAAAGGCCAUUAACAAUUGAAGCUUCACAGUCCUCUUCCCCUAAAUACAGUCACAAUAUGCUGCAGCUUACAGAAGGAGGAGUUAGUGAGUGAUACACAGCAGGUGAUUCUAAUGGAUGAGACUGAUGUGAAUCUUCAGCUGGAGGUGGAAGAAUCUCAUUACCCAAGCAGCUCUUUCCUGGCACAGGACCAGGUUGUGAUCCCAAAUGCUUCCUUUCCAGUGACAGAUCAGUCCAUAAUUCCCAGCAAUUCAUUUAUAGUAGAAAAUUCCUUUAAUCCUAAUAGCUCUACUGCUGAUGAGGAGUUGGCUCUUGAUUUGGUACAAGACAGCGCUCCUGAGGACCCUGAUAGUGUCAUUGAUUUGAUUCUUAAAUGAAAAUGCCUCUGCAAGCAACAUUAACAUACUUGACAGGCGAGGAAGUGUUUCUGUGCUGUAAACAUAAUGAUUGAUAAUCUGUAUUUAAUACAUUUGCUCAUAAAAUAUGA